GAAUUUGGGAAGUUUUCGUUAUACGUUGGAGAUCUUGAUUCGAGCGUUGAAGAGAGUGAUCUAUACAACAAAUUCGAUGCAGUCGGUGAGGUUUCUUCAAUUAGAAUCUGUCGUGACCGAAACACCGGUUCGUCUCUUGGCUAUGCGUAUGUCAAUUUCAACCAUCAUUCUCAUGCGGAGAAGGCAAUGAAGGAGCUUAAUUUCGUGGAGAUUAAAGGAAAACCGAUGAGGAUAAUGAUCUCGAAACGUGAUCCUAGCAUGAGGAAGAGCGGCAAGGGUAACGUGUUCGUCAAGAAUAUGGACAAGUCUAUAGACAACAAGCAACUUGCCCACUUGUUCUCUUCAUUUGGAAUAAUUCUCUCUUGCAAAGUCGCUCGUGACGCUUCUGGAGUUUCCAAGGGACACGGAUUCGUCCAAUUCUACUCGGAAGCUGCACAUAGACGUGCCAUUAAUGAACUCCAUGGCGUGUGUGUCCGUCAACAAUAUCUUCACGUCUGUCCAUUCUGACGUCGUCUAUGGGAUGAGUCUCCAGUAUUCACGAAUAUUUAUGUUAAAAAUUUGGCUCAGACUGUGACUGAUGCUGAUUUGAAGACGAUUUUCGGAGAAUUUGGGGAGAUUACUAGUGCCGUUGUGAUGAGAGACGGAAAGGGUAAGUCUAGAAGAUUUGGCUUUGUGAAUUUCAAAAAAUCCGAGGCUGCGGUUACUGCUAUAGAGAAUCUGAAUGGGACAACCGUCCAUGAAAAAGAGUUGUACGUUGGAAGGGCUCAGAAGAAAAAGAAUAGAGUUGAAGUUUUGAAAGCUAGCUUCAAAUUAGAGAAGAUAAAACGGGAUGUGAGAAGGCCUAAAGGUUUGAAUCUCUAUGUAAAGAAUCUUGAGGAUUCUGUUAACGACAAAAAGCUUCAAGAUUUAUUCUCUGAGUUUGGUACCAUCACUUCUUGCAAGGUCAUGAACCACUCGAAUGGUAUGAGCAAAAAUGUUGGGUUUGUUGAGUUCUCUACAGGCGAGGAAGCUUCUAAAGCUAUGCUGGAAAUGAAUGGGAAGAUGGUAGGACAAAAACCUAUAUAUGUUUCUUUGGCCCAACGUAAAGAGGAACGUCGACUUCAUCCACAAACUCAGUUUAAUAACGUUGUUUCUCUAAGACCAAGUCCUCACCAACAUCCUAUCUUCACUCAAGCAACCGCUCCGGCAACAAUGUUACCUCCACAACUUCCAUUCCGAGGAUACCAUUUCCAACCGCACGUCAUGUUUGGAUCAAGAUUACCAAACGGUUUCCCGGCAAUGCAUGUCCCAAACGUCAUGGUGCCACAACCAUUGUAUCCACCUCCUCUUCCAGUGACCUUACACCACUGUUUGCAGCCUAUGAUGUCGAUGACACUACAGUAA